AUGCCCGAAUCUAAUUACCCCGAAGAGGUUAACUCCUUUGCGUCUAUGUUGGCUGAACGACGCGCUAAUAACACAACACUUUCUCUUGUGAUGUCUAACGCCACGGCUCGAAACAUGCAAAUGUUCAAAUAUUUGCCCCAGGAGGCUACUGACUGGUUGGCACGCGUUGCUGAUUUCUCUGACCCUCUGAAUGUCAAGGCUAAACUCGAGAGUGUUUACGGUAUUGACCCUUUCGUACAAAAAUCUCUUUGUCGUCAACGCUUGGAAUCUCUCAAACAAGGUCUUCGUCGAGUAGCCGAGAAUCGAAUGAACUUCGAGACAAUCGUCUCUGAUUUUCCUGAAGAACAUACUCUUGCUGCCGAUGUUCUGCGCAACAUCUGCUUCAACAACCUACGACCAGAACUUGAUACUGCAUUGCUUGGGAUCGUUGAUCCCGCCGAUACUUGGAAGACUGUUGCUGAUGCCGCUGCGAUUCAUGAAUCUAUUCUCUCGUUGGGUAAUGAUCAUUUUCUCACUCCUCAACCUCAUGUCCCUACAUUCUAUGGCCCAUCGCCAAUGGAAGUUGAUGCUAUCCAAAAGAACAACAACCAUCGUUGCUCCGGUCCCCAGGAAAAACGUAAGGAAGAUUCCAUGCGUCGUUGGGCUGCUUCUGGUAAACCUAUCUUUGGUAUCUGCGGUACCGAAGGCCAUCUCACCAAGAAGUGUCCAAAGAAAACCGAUCGUGUUCAUGCUGUUGACAAGGUAAAGUACAAACCCUCGGCUCCUGCUCCUACCACUGUCCAAUAUGUGGCUUCCAUUUCACCUAGUAACAGCCAAUAUGCAGUUAUUCCCAUUGAACAUGACCCAAUUGCUUCAAGCCCCCAGAGUAUUCAUGCGAUCUCUACACCUGUGGAUGACUAUUCUAUUCACCCCGUAGUACAUGGUAUCUCAGUACCUACAGAUGCAACUUCUACACCAAAGAUCCGUGUUCACUUCAAAGGUUAUGCAGCUCUUGGCCUGAUCGACACAGGAGCUUCUGUUACUGUCAUGCGUGAAUCUCUUGCUAAACAGCUGAACUUGGUCCCAGACGCUAAACAUCGUAUGUAUUUUAUCACUGCCGGUAAUCAAGUACACACGUUUUUAGGAAUGAACAAGGUCUCGGCUUUACUUCGCGAACUUCCAGUCAUCCUCGACUGUCACGUUGCUAAAGAACUUUCCCAUGAAUUUAUCAUCUGUUAUCCUGUCUUACGAUCUUUAAAGGCGAUCAUUGAUGCUCGUACUAACGAAGUACGCCUUCGGAAGGGAAUCAAGGCUCAACAACGUAAACAGCCUGCUGUUGCCUCGGUUUGUUCCAUGACUACCUCACUGGACCUUCCUGGUUUCCAUCAUGCGUAUGUGGAUAUUCAAGGACCUCCGAACAAGCUGGCAUUUGUAUCUACACCACAAAACGUCGCCAUGGAAAAACUCUUGUCUGUUGCUGCUGGUGUGGUCCAAUUUAAUGACAAAGGUGUUGCUACGUAUCCAGUCUUCAAAACUCAAACUUCGAGUCGUUCACCAGGCCCUAGUCUCGAUUUCGCAUCUUCCCUUGGCGACAGUCUCACUGGAAACAAGGCUGAUACUUUGAAGAAGGUUCUGCGUGAAUAUUCAGAUUGGUUUGCGUCGAAAGCAUCUACGGUCACUCCCUCGGUGCAACAUCAUAUCGAUACUGGAGAUCAACGACUUUUAUCUCAACCUCCGCACCGUGUCUCUGGCGCUUAG